AUGCGACAGCCAGGACAUCCAUUUCUGCUUUGCCAUUCCACGGCUGAGUCACCGUCUUUGGAAGCCGAGAGGAUUUCCUACCCCGAGUCAGAUGUGGAGGAUUUGGAAGGAUACACGCCGGCGGUCUGGCUCGCCCAUGACCAGCAGCUCCAGUGCUAUGUAUCGCUGAAGAUACUUGUUACAGGAGCUUCACCGGCCAGUAAUGAGGGUGAAAUUCUCCGUCUAUUGGCUAAGGGUACAUCGAAUUGUUUCGGAAGACGGUUUAUCCCAACCUUGCUUGACCAGUUCUCUUUUUAUGGUCCCAUGGUGGGAGAGCCUGCCGGGGCUGCAGCAUCGCCAAUUCGAAGGAGAACGCCCAUCAUGGUCUUGAACUACAUGCAUGCGAACGAUGUAUGCCAUGAAGAUCUCCAUCUGGACAAAUUUCUUCUUCGUGUCCCGGGCUUUGACAAUUUGAGUACAUGUACAACUGAACUGUACAAGCGCCAUGGAAAACCAUAUGAGGUUCCUACCCGGCGCCUUGACGGAAAGCCUAGCACACCCCAUGCGCCACCGCAUAUCAUCUAUCCCAUGAAUUGGAACAGGCCUGCGAACGAGGUGAUGGAUCCUGAGAUUAUUAUCUCGGACUAUGGGACGUCUUUUAUUGCUUCAAAAGCUCCGUCUCCAACACCUCACACGCCGACCCUGUAUUCCCCGCCAGAAGAAUUCUUCAAUGAACGCAUCACCACCGCGGCUGAUGUAUGGACGCUGGGUGUCGUCCUCUACGAUGCCAUGGGCGAACGGCCUCUCUUUGAAACCUUUGCAUGGGACCCAAACCACAUCAUUGCCGAGAUGGUCAAACACCUUGGGACAACUGCCCGCACGAUGGUGGGGUUCCUGGACGAAUCGCUCUGA